UAGAAUCUAUCACUGGGUUUCCCCAGUGCAGCUGGCACCAUGGAGGUGCUUCAGGGCAGCUUCUGCUAGCUCUGCAAGCCCUCCACUCUGCCACCACAUACUCUGCUAUGUUUCCUCUUAGAAGGUUUUGAGUACAACAAUCCAAGAAGAAUCCCAGCUGACACUGAUCAUUCUCAAGUCUUUUACCUCUUGAUUGUUGGAAAAAAAUCUGAAAACCACCAAGAAAUCAUCAAACUCAACCAACGCUGCAAAAGAAAAGGGCAUAUAAAUCUGCAAGGCUCUAUGAAAACUACAGCACGGAUCACUAGGCCGUGUGUACAGUUGAUCUGAGACUUGCACAUUCAGAGGAAACUGAAUUAAGAUCAGCAUUGUUUGCCAUGCCUGUGGGAAGAAUUGAAUGUCCAUCUUCUCCAUCUUUCCCCAGGGACAGCAAUCAUGAGUGCCAGGUGUGUAGGGUGACAGUGGUGGGCUUGUCAGCAUACGCUAAGCACAUCUCCAGCCAGCUGCACAAAGACAAGGUUGAAGCCCAUGAUGCAGAGGAAGGGAAAGAAGAGGCUAACGAAGAAUACUUUGACAAGGAACUCAUCCAGUUAAUCAAGCAAAGAAAUGAGCAGAACAGAGCAGGUGAAGUGUGCCAUGGGAACCACGAAACAGAAAGUGAUGACAGGCGAUUACAAAGACGGCAAGAUGAAAGGACCACUUUUCAAGACAGAGAUGCUUAUGAUUCGCCAAGGUAUCACUGUGGACCAUCGCAGAGGGAUUGGAAAUGGGAAAAUGAUGGCUUCUUAAACCCCAGGCAAGGAAAACCCAAACAUUCUGCAAGGAACCCCAGUAAUACAAACAGGCAUCUCAUCAGCCAAAGAGGACGACCCGGGUGGCAUUCAAAUAAUUCCGGAGUGUCUUCAAAUUGGUAUCAUAGCUAUGGGAAUACUGGAGGUGCUUGGCAUCAGAAUGCUGGAAGAGGAACAUCAGGUUGGCAUCAUGGUGGAAGGGGAAGAAGUUCCAAGUGGAUUUCUGAAGGAAAGAACGGCUUUUCUAAUUGGCAGUCUAAAAAUUUGGGAGGAAACUGGAAGCCUGGUCAACAAAGUGGAAGUGGAUGGAACUUAGGAAGGAACAGGGCUGCAAACAAUGGUUCCCAGAUAGACAACAUGGAUGCUUCCUGGCUAAAAAGCAAGAGUAUGCAGGAUAAAUACAGUAGAGAAAGGUAUGCAUGGCAAUGGCAGGAGAGUAACACUGUGGCAUCUUAUACAGGCCUUGCUAAUGAAAAUGGCAACAUGAAUUGCUUAUUGGAUUUCACUAGUGAUCAGCUACCUUCAGAUGGGUUGCUAAACUUUGGUCUUCCUGAGCAAUCAGAUAGCAAGUCUUCCAAAGUCAAUGGAAAGCAUAGCAGCCCUUCCCGAGAAAAGAUAAAUCGUUGGGCUCCCUAUCCUUCUCAGAAAGCUUUAGAGCAGCAGCCACUGCCUGAUGAGAGUGUAGUUAAAACCUCUGAGAAAACAGAUUUUGCCCAUCUGUCACCCUCUCCAAAAUCAGCAGAUCCUAAAGUGAACAACCCAAAAUUGAAAAAAUGGGAAGAGACAUAUUCUGCAUCCUCUAAUUACAAAGUGGCAUCUGACAAACUUACACCAUGCAAGCCACCAACAGACUGUACCAGUGAGACAAAAUCAGACCAAGUUGAAGGCAAAGGUAACAAGAUGCCAUCUCUGAAGUCCCCACUUCUGGCUCUUCCAGAUAUAAAGCCAUCUUCUCAAAAAAGAAGCCCAAAUAAUCUAUUGAAACAUGUCCAACUUCUCUUAUCCUCAUCGUCUGGAGAAUAUCAGAACCAACUAAACUCACUAAAUUUAGAGGCGAAUAAUUCUACCUUAUGUACACCCCAACUGAGCAAUGAAUACAAUAGCUAUAACAGUUUAAAAGACAUCAGGCACGUCCUUAGCAACAAUGAAAACUUAAGUGAAGCAUUACAAAAGGCCAAAGAAGAGUUCAAGUGCAGCCAUUCUUUCCAAAACUCUCACUCAAGACCUUGUAGAGGUACUUGGACUGAUGCAAAUGAAGAAUGGCGCAUUGAGGACUCUGCGCAUACCCUGAAGAUGUGUGAGGCCCCAGUAGGUGGGCUGAGGGAUGUGAGCUAUGAAGAUGUAACAGGAAACAAAUGUACUCCUUCCAGUGCUUGUGCAUCUUGUGAUCUUGUUGAGUCUGACCACAGUGCUGCUAAAAAAGAUAACUGUCUAGGAGAAUUGGAAGAUGCUGAUAAAAAAUAUACCGAAUUCCAAAUGGGCUCUCUAGAUGUCCUAUCAAAUGGUCAGCACCAUUUAGAUGUUGACUUGAAAGCAUCACUGGAAGACAAUGGUGAUGAAGAUGCUACAAAAUCAAAUGAUGCCCCUGAAGAGGAAAGCUAUGGAGGUCAUUCAAAUCAUUUGCUACAGAAAGAUACAGCAGGGCAGUCCUCGGGUCCUCUUCUUCCUGAAUUGAGUAAACUUGGCUUUCCAGCAUCUCUCCAAAGAGACCUAACUUGGCGCACAAGUUUGAAGAACAAAACAGGCUCGCAUCUACCUGAGCCCAAUCUCAACAGUGCAAGGCGCAUUCGAAAUGUUAGUGGCCACCGGAAGAGUGAAACUGAGAAGGAAUCGGGGCUCAAGCCGACCUUGCGGCAGAUUAUUAGCGUAUCUCGUAGAAACGUAAACUGGGAGCAGGUCCUUCAACAGGUGUCAAAGAAGAAGCAAGAACUUGGCAAAGGUCUACCAAGGUUUGGCAUUGAGAUGGUUCCCCUCAUCCAGAAUGAACAGGAGGAUCUUGAGUUGGGUGAGGAAGCUGACCUGACCAGUCUUGAAGGAUUCCACUGGGAAGGGAUAUCCAUAGGUUCCCCUGGGACUGUUAGAAAACGUAGCCUCUCUGAAAGCAGUGUGGCUGUGGAUAAGACAGCCUCUGUUUACAGUUUCUUCAGCAACCAAGGGACAAGCAAAGAAAAUGAGCAAAGGCAAACCAGUUCAAUUGCCAACACUGAGGAUGUAACAUAUGGAUCCCAGAUGCUUGCAGAUGUUGUGGCUAGCAUGAAACAAGAGUCCUCUUCUCUUCCUUCCUCACCAUUCAUGUCUGACAGAACUGAUUUAAUUUCCAAUGGAAGGAGACUCAGCUUACAGACUCCCCCUGAGGUUAACAGAAUCCCAGCGUUUAGUGGACGAGAAGCCCAGAGAAGCCCUGAAUACAGCGCCCAGUUACUUGAGAGCCAAGACAUGCUGGAGAUUCCAGGGGGAAGAUACUGUAUGGCUUCAGGCCUUGCAUUGUUCAGCGCGCUUGAUGCAGCAACAGACAGCAGUUAUACAUCAGGCAAUGAGCAGAAUGACAGCCAGGGAGCUGGCAAAAAAAGAAGAGCAACCGGAGAGGGAUCCUCUCCUGAAAUUCCAAGUCUAGAAAGAAAAAAUAAACGAAGGAAGAUUAAAGGCAAAAAAGAGCGUUCUCAGGUAGACCAGCUGUUGUCUAUUUCCCUGAGGGAAGAAGAACUGAGCAAAUCCUUGCAGUGCGUAGAUGGAAGCCUCCUGCAGGCUCGAGCUGCUCUGCAGGCAGCAUAUAUUGAAGUCCAGCGUCUGCUUGUACUGAAGCAGCAGGUAUCAGUAGAAAUGGGAACUUUGAGGAGCCAAAGAAUUCAGAUCCUGCAGGGGCUGCAAGAAACCUACGAACCUUCCGAGCAGCUGCAGCAGCUUCAUCCCAGCGGCUCGAGUGAAAAAACAACUAGCAAGCUUCAGCUGAACCAGGAUCUUCCUGCUAAUCCAGGUGGUCUUGUCCCACUUCUGGAAGCCGCUUCACUUGUUUCUGCCCAGAUAGGCCCUGUUCCUUUGGCAGCCCCUGUCCAAGUAAGCGAUCCGCCUACAUUCCAAACGACUGGUGGCAUUGGAGCCAUCACAGCCCUUGAUUCAUCUGUUCAAAUCAAGCAAGAGCCUGUAUCUCCAAAACCUGUGGAGGAGAGCAUGAAUAUCCCCGAACAGAGCUCUCCAUGUUCUCCACAAGUAGACCUUCAGUUUCAGGAUGGGAGUACAAGUCAACAAUCUUCAGUGUAUCCAGUUAUCUCUGCUACCAUGUCCUUGUCAGGACUCAUUGAUUUCCAAGAGCCUAAUCAAGACAUUCAGAAACCUGUUCCAGAUAAGGGGAGGACCAGGUUAUCUGGUCACCCUUCCCCUAGCUAUUCUCCAUCACUCUUUUUAGUGAAGACAGAAGAAAACAAAACACCAGUGGGCAAUACCAUCUCAGAACAGUGCAGUAGUUCCUUUCAAAGCCAGAGCUUUCCCUCUGAACUCCCUGCUGAUAAAGAUCCCAAACAGACAACGGAACAACCUGAGCAAAUGGCAGUCUCUACUCUGGUCUCCAUGGAGAGCAAACUAAGCAAGAAAAAGAAGAAGUUGAAGAAGAAGAAAGCACUGAGAGCAGCCCGUGUGCCUGAGAACAGUGACACAGAACAGGAUAUAAGUGACUCGAAACCUUAUAGGAAAGUCAAGACGAUUAAAGUGCCUAAAGGGGAAAAAGUGACAACAUCCACCCCUCCAAAGCAAGAAGAUGCAGAAGAUGCUCAGGAAGGAAAGCGGAAGAAAGAAGAGAAUGAGAGUGACACGUCUCUGGAAUUUGUGGAAGUCCCCAAAUCUCCUCUUGAAGUGGUGGCCAUCAGUUCACCUGAGUCAGGAGAUGAGAAGCCAGACAGCCCUUCCAAGAGGGAUGCCUUGAACUCCUCAGAGCAGCUUUUGAGAGAGGCAUCUCGGUCUGGCUAUGAUGAAGUGAGCUCUACUAGUGAGAUUGGAACAAACUAUAGGGAUGGUAUUGAUAGAAGCGUGGCUCAGACUCAAACGUCCAUAUCUUCAAUAAAAGGGUCAAAAAAUUCAUCAGAGGUCUCUUCAGAGCCGGGUGAAGAUGAAGAACCUUCGGAAGGGGACUUCGAGGGACAUUCAGCUUCAGUAAAUGCCAUUCAGAUUUUUGGGAAUUUGAUGUACACCUGCUCGGCAGACAAAACUAUCCAUGCAUAUAACUUAGUGAACAGGAAAUGUGUUGGAGUUUUUGAAGGGCACACCUCAAAAGUAAACUGCCUCCUGGUGACUCAGACAACAGGGAAACAUGCAGCACUGUAUUCUGGCUCCAGCGACCACAAUAUAAAUUGUUAUAACAUCAAGACUAGAGAACUUGUGGAUCAGUUUAAGUUGGAUGACCGUGUGCUCUGCUUGCAUAGCAGAUGGAGGAUCCUUUAUGCGGGACUUGCAAAUGGUAGUGUGGUCACUUACAAUAUAAAGAACAACAAACAACUUGAGAUCUUUGAGUGCCAUGGUCCUAGGGCAAUCAGCUGUCUUGCCACAGCCCAGGAAGGGGCUCGGAGGUUGCUGAUUGUGGGAUCAUACGAUUGUACAAUCAGUGUGCGAGAUGCCCGAAAUGGACUGCUGCUUCGAACGCUUGAAGGUCAUAGCAAAACAGUGCUCUGUAUGAAGGUUGUGAAUGAUCUGGUCUUCAGUGGUUCCAGUGAUCAGUCUGUCCAUGCCCACAACAUACACACGGGAGAGCUGGUGCGAAUCUACAAAGGGCACAACCAUGCCGUGACAGUUGUGAACAUUCUGGGGAAAGUGAUGGUAACCGCGUGCUUGGACAAGUGUGUUCGUGUCUAUGAGCUUCAGUCUCAUGAUCGUUUGCAAGUCUACGGAGGACAUUCGGAUAUGAUUAUGUGCAUGACCAUUCAUAAGAGCAUGAUCUACACUGGCUGCUAUGAUGGUAGUAUCCAAGCUGUGCGGCUAAACUUGAUGCAGAAUUAUCGUUGUUGGUGGCAUGGAUGCUCACUCAUAUUUGGAGUUGUAGACCACCUGAAACAGCAUUUGUUAAAUGAUCACACAAACCCAAAUUUUCAAACAUUGAAGUGUCGCUGGAGGAACUGUGAUGCUUUCUUCACCUCCCGAAAAAGUUCCAAGCAGGAUGCUGUGGGACAUAUUGAAAAACAUGCAGAGGAUGAUAGCAAGAUUGACUUAUGAAGUUUUUUCGCCUCCCACAUUGGGAAGUACCUUUUUAUAUACUGGAAGUAUUCCAAGCCUCAUCCACCUCUUUCCCUCUGCCUUUUCUGCCUCCUGUUCAUAUCUGGAGUGCAAAAAGGACACAGGCCUUUUUUUUUUUCUUUUUGCUACAGAGACAGCAUUUUGCUUGCAGCUCUGUAGAGAAGGGAAUAAUGGACAGUCUCAGACCAAACAAAACCGUGUUUUAAUUCAUUAGCAGAAACAAAACAAAACAGAAUCCUUCAUUUUAUUUGCCUUAUCAAAGAAGUGCAUUAUGCACAUCAAAGAUUUGGUAUUCAAAUGAAUGUUUCGUACUCACAUUCAUGCCUACAUACACUGUUGUGUUUAUCUAGCUGUUUUAUGUUGUUUGCAGGAUCUCCCAGGUAUUUACACUUUUGGAUUUAGACAACUUUAAUAAUAAUAAGAACUCGGGAGUAGAAAUACCACCUAAGCACUGAGCUCUGUAUUUCCUUCCAUUACAUAUUUGUAUACCUCCUUUGAUAAGAGGUGUUAAAGGGGAAUACUAGAGUAAAUGAAUGGCUUCAUUUUUAAUCUUUGGUGUACGAUGUGACUUAUCUUCAGUUAUAAGUGCGAAGUCUGCACAGUGAAUCACUACAAUACUUGACUUUCUGUACUUUUUAGCCCACAAAGAGGCUCGAAAUGAUAGGUAACAUACCACAUGAAAUGUCUAUUUACUGCAGCUGUUUCAUUACUUUUAAAUUACUAGGCACCUUGAUGCAGAGACCAGUUGCAGAUAACAAUUUCAGCUUUUAAACACAGUUAUCUCUAUGUUUAUAUUAAGUGCUCCAUUGUCAUAAUAAUGGGGCUAUAUCCCUGUUUCUGAGCAUUUAUUUUGUUAAUGUAUGACCUAUUAUGGCAUUUCAAAUUGCUGAGCUUUGGAGUCCUGCAUCUUUUUUGAACAUAUUAAGUUCUGUCCAGUCGAUACAUGGUCACCCCAUGUUUUGAAGGCAGCUGUUUGGUGCCCAUCCUGUCCCACUAUCAUCUGGAUUUAUUUCCACUGAAUACCCUAAGUUUCGAUAGCUGUUGUGCAAAAGAAAAGGCUGUUGGGCAUAAAAUGCAAGAUUUUAAAGUCCAAGGAGCCCAAGCAGAAGCUGAGAGUGGUGUGUGUGUGUGUUAGUGUGUGUUAGUUAUGUCACCAUUUAGAGUAGCAAGACAGAAAGUAGCAAUCUGAGAAACCAAUAUAAUUUAAAGACAGUAGUUACAGUGCAAAGAAGUGAAAUGUGUGUAUGGGAAAGAAAUGUGCAUAAAGUCAGUGUUGUUUGGGGCGUAGCAAUUCAAUGAUUUGGUUCAUAAAAUGGUUUCUUCUUUAGAUGUCUGCCGGUGUUCUUGUUAUCACUUGCUUCCAUCUUCCUGGCUUGUUCCAGUGAAAAGCUGAGAAUUCCAAUAACAGUCUAGAAAGUCUGGCUGUGUAGGUUUUGACUUGUUUCAUUUUAUUAUUUUAAAUUCUGUAUAAGAAUUUAUUAAAAGAGCAAAGGGUGUUGUAGUUAACAUUUAAAAAGAAAGGUAAUGCUCAGAUAGGGAAAUGUUCUGAACAGCUGGGUGCAAGAUACGGAACAGGCCUACAAGCUGGAAGUUGCUCUUCACAAAGAACAUGACAAUGUUAUGAACCUUUGACCACUCUCCAAUAUUCUUACUGCAUUUUGAGGCUCGGACUUUUUUGCUCAUCAAAAAUUAUCAAGGAAGAUCAUAUUUUUCCUAUAGAUAAAAUUUGGCUUCCUUGUAGCCCUUAAGAUCUUGUACUGGUAAAGGAGUGGGGAAAAGCUUUUAAAAUCAUCUUAUCUCUAGAUGCAGUGCCCUCAUUUUGCCCUCCCUCCAUGACCAAAUUGUGAUUUGAAGACUAUCAAAACAAUGGACAAUUUACUGGUAAUAUUUUAUGUGUACGGUGGAAAUGCGGGGAGAACUGACAACCUGCAUCAGGGAUUUUUCCCCUCAGCAGUUUGUUUUUUGUUUUGCUGACAUUUUUGACAGCUUUUCUCACAGUGAGAGAAGGUGAAGGAAACCAUAACACAAGCAUUUGGGGGCAACACUCAGUGCUUUACCAGGAAGCUGAAGAGCUUUCAGUCCCCAGACAAGGGGGAGGGGGAGUUUAUAAAACUGUUGUUUCUGAAAUAGUUCUUUAAUUUAAUAUGUUGGAAAUGAAGGUGCAGAGUCAGGGUGUUUGUAAGAAAAAGAUGUGGAGUGCAGUGUUCGUGUUAGUCUUGAGGAGUAGUGAGUGAAUGAAUUUUGAUUUUGCAUCCUCUUAAAGUUUCUUCUUCAAGCCUUCUUUACUGGAAGAGGAUGGUGACUUUGUUUGCAAAAAUGUAUAAAUGUUUUUUUCCCCACUACAUUAAUAGCUGCACUUGGUGCACCACUUGUGUUCUUGGCUGUUUUAAUAGGUGUGAGUGUGUGUGAGAGAGCUUCAAGAACGAUUUUCCUUUAAUCCAUUUUGGGAUGCCUUAGAUCAUUUGUCUUCCAACUGGUUCGACAAUGAAGUGUGGUCAUGUCUUACCAAAGGUUGGUUCCAUAUUUUUGAUUUAUUGGGGACACUGAGAAGAACUAUUCUAAACCAUGUCACAUGUUCAUAAAUUCAUGUCACUUCUUAAAGUUAUAGAAGGUCUCAUCAUUUCAGUACACUAUGAUGAAACUUCCACCAGAGCUGCACAGUUCCUUUAUUCAGAUUGUAAAAUGUUCUUCUCUUAUAGUAGUGGUUAUUUUGUAUGUUUGUUUUUAGUUUGAGGUUGUGUUUUUUGUAUUUCUACCUCUUUAGCAGGAAAUAUGAGCAUGUUCCUUCUAGACCCUGCCAGAAACCAUAAAGAAACAAUGGACUUAUUAGUUAUUUACUAAUUGAAGAAUUGUGAAAGGAGUGUUCCAAAUCUGUUGAUGGUCAAGCUCAUGAAGGUUUCGGGUUUCUGGCAUCUUUCCACAAAUAAGUUGAAAUUACUUGAGAAAGUUUUGUUUUGAAAAUAAGCAGAUAGAAAUGAAUGACUAGAGGGAACUGUGGAGUGUGGUUUUGAAUUGUGUGGGAAGUGUGUUAACUUUUAUGUGUUGGCUAAUGUCUGAGUAAGCUGUUGUGGGCUGUAUAUGAAGUGAGUUUGGACUGCAUGGCAACACACUUUCCCAACACGAUAGAUAUUCCUUUUAUGCCAUUUAUCUUACUUAGUGAAUGUAAGCAUUUGGUGUGUGUUCAGAGCUGUGCUGUGGAAGUGUGGUUUUUGUAUCAACUUUCAGGGAAUUACACAGUCAUUCAGCUGUUUGCACCUUUUUAAACGUUCAAAUGCAACUGAAUGUCAGUGACUACUCGAGCUUCUGUUUGCCCCUUGAGACAAAUACUUGGGCUUGAAAGAUAGACUUCUAAAACGUUGGAUCAAGACACCAAAGCUACAGUCCGUAUCCCAGUUGAAAUCAGUGGCACAGCUCUCAUCUUAAUUGUUCUGGAUUACAUCCAAAAUGUCAACUAGAAUUUUAAGUCUGUUCUAACUCUUAUGGUUGUUUAAAAAAAAAAGCAAGUUCUAGUUUCAAAUUUGAGAAAUGUCACUGAAUGUGUUUGUUUAAAAAAAAAAAAAAGUGGCAUGAAAGCAAUAGGAAGCCAAUAGCUAACUUGCUCUAAAGCUGCAUUUCCUAGAUCUCUGUGGCCCUAGCAGAAUGGCUUUUCACAGAGAAUAUCAGCAGACAAAAGUAUGAAUUUUUCCUUUUCCUUCAUGUACUAUACAAUGAUAAUGACCACAAUCAGAAUGUCUCAAAUUGGACAACUUUUAAGUCAGGAACAGAUUGUUGUGAUUGUAAAAAUGCUAGAUGAGGUAAACUGUAUAAGUAAUA